CACGGCGCGGUGUUCGCAAUGGCCGAUCUCAUCUUCAGGACAGUCUAUGGCCUGAUCCUUACCAUCAUUCACACCAUAUACGCCUUCUACACUUCCGUCCGCUCGACCUACAACAUCACCCGGCUUCGCAUUGCCUCCAUUCUCAAUUACCACCACCGGACACCAGCAAACAUCAGAAAAGAUGUUGCAUUACUCAAAAAGUUACCUGAUCAUGUGGCAGUAAUCCUUGAGUCGAAAGGAAAAAAGGAGGGUGGCGUGGAGAAGUUGAUUGACGAGGUUGCGGAUCUGAGCUGUUGGUGCGCGAGCGUUGGUGUUGCCACGUUGACUGUUUACCAGAAGACCGGAAUGCUGAAGAACUAUGAAACCCCGGCCCAUCGCGCUGUCUCUGAGCGCCUACACACCUACUUUGGUUCAACUCGACCAACCUUCCGGAUCACUUCGCCUCAUUCCCCUAAUGCACCCUCUCUACCACCGAAUGGCGAUGCUGUUCAUGACGAGGAGGAAGUCGAUCUCGAAAUCAACUUCGUCGCACAGGAUGACGGCCGGGAAAGCAUCGUUGACUUUACACGCGCUUUGAGUGAUUUGGCGCAGGGAGGAAAGUUCAACAGCGAAGAUGUCAGUGUCGACUUGAUUGACCAGGAGAUGAAAGCGUCCGUUAUGGGCGAGCCCGACCUUCUGAUCCUCUUCACACCUCGGGUUUUCCUCCAGGGCUUCCCACCGUGGCAAAUCAGGCUCACUGAGAUCUUCCAUUUGGAGGAUAAUGAGGGUGUGUCGUAUACGGUGUUCUUGAAGGCAUUGCAUAAGUUUGCUGGAGCGGAGAUGCGCUGGGGACGUUAAUCAGGUGCAUUGAGACGAGAGGACGGACAAAAUUAUCGCAUUUAUGAACAUCAAUGCAUCUUGAGUGUGAUGAAUCAUAUUUUCCCACGAGUCUCCAAGCGCACAGUGAAACGGACCCAGUCUUGCGCAUCAUCAAUACAAAUCUCCCACGUC